UGUGGCCGGUUCCGGUUUUGUGAGCGCUUAUAAAAGCACCGAGAUUUCAGGUCUCACCACUCUGCUCAGUUCGUUCAAGUGCAGCUGACAUUUACAGAGGAGAUGUUGGGGUUUAUACUUCUGUCGCUUGUCGCGGCCGGAAUUGGAAUUGCACAAGGUUUGGUAAAAGCCGAGUCCACGCCAGUUGUACAUGGAACGUGCGGCAGUGGCGGGUGCUAUGUGGAGAUGGAGGGUCCACAUGGAGGGCAAGAAACGCGUUUCAUUCGAUUAGACCAGCAGAUUUCGGGCAGCAACGAUCCUUGCCACAUUUACCAAUGCACGACUCGUGGAGUGAUUGAGGACCGACUCGAGUGUGGCCCUAUCAUAACCUGCCAGGAUGGCUCUCAACCUAUUGGAUUUCCUGACACCUGUUGCCCGAGAUGCAUUGGUAUUGGUAGUAGACAGCAUGAAGUGUGCAGUUUCACGCAGUGGAGUGAGUGGGGCAGGUGCAGUGUUCCGUGUGGCGGAGGGAGGCGGGCUUGUGUGCGGCAUCCAGUUCAUCUCUCCGAGUCAGCAAUCUCGAUAUAUUGCAGUGGGUCUCUCACUGAAAUUCAAGAGUGCAACACAUAUGCAUGUCCAGUUGACUGCAAAUGGGAAUAUGGCCAGUUUGGAGAGUGCAGCGACUUCGUGUGGUACAGGGAGAAAGACGCGAUACCCCUUUAUAACGCAGAGGGCCCAGAACGGUGGCCGACCUUGUCCACCAUUUGCUCGUAAUCGUGAUCCUGAUGUUGACGAGUGCAUUCUUCAACCUUGCACUACUGAGGACAGUAAUGGAGGGAACAGAAUGCUAGGAAGCAGUGCCCAAGCCCACUUCAUGGCAAAGUUGCUGGAAAAAUACUACGAAGGAAAAAAUUAAUAACGUUGAACUGAUUCUACACAUUAACCUUACUCAACUUUUUUUCAGUACAGAAAAAAUAUACACUGUAUGCAUUUUCAAAAAUAUAAUUAUAGUGAGUGACUUGGGAGAAGAUGUAUGGAAGGCUAUUUGCUAAGAA